AUGAAACUUUUACUUUUGGUGAGUAUAAUAUACAUAAAUUAUUUUUCCAAAAUAUGGGGUUACAUAAGUACAGUAAAAAUACACAAUUUGAAUAGCAUUUUAAAUAAGAGGAUAAUAAGUACUCGUAGGGUUAAUAUUGUAAAACUCAAUUUACAAAAUGACAACAAUAAUUAUGAUAAUAAUAAAAGAUUUUUUAAUAAUAGACCAGUAGUAGGUGAAAAAUCACUAAAUAAAAUUACCUUAAUUGGACGAGUUGGAUGUGAACCAGACAUAAAAAUUUUAAAUGGAGGAGAUAAAGUAGCUACGUUUAGUUUAGCAACAAAUGAAUUCUGGAGAGAUCGAAAUACAAAUGAAUUAAAAUCGAAAACAGAUUGGCAUAGAAUAGUUGUUUAUGACCAGAAUAUAGUAGAUCUGGUGGAUAAAUAUUUAAGAAAAGGAAGAAGAAUAUAUGUACAAGGGUCAUUACAUACAAGGAGAUGGUUUGGUAAUGAUUUAAAUAAUCAACCAAAACAAAUAACUGAAAUAGUUUUGUCCUAUAACAGAGGAGAUUUAAUAUUUUUAGAUGAUAGACGUAAUUUUAUGACACGAAACCCACCAAAUAUACAAUAUAGUGAAAAUCAAAAUAUAAAUAAUGAGAACAUAAAUAAAAAUUCAAAUAACAGUGUGGAUAUUAUGCCUCAAACGGAUGAUAACAAUAAAAGUGAUAGCCCAAAUGAUUUUGCACACGCCCUAGACGAUGGUGCUAAUAACUUUGAGGGGAUGGAUGAAGACCUUGACAAGGAGGGGAUAUACGACAAAAUGAAUACUCAGGAGUUCGAUGAGUAA